UAAAAACAACGCAAUAGUAUCGUAGAGAACAGCAGGUGUUUUCAUGUUUGUUGUCACUUGUACGAAACGUACUGAUUUUGGACAUUUAUGUUAUUUUGAAUCCAAAGUAUAUGUUCCUCGAAUAUAAUGGAUACUUGUGAAAGGUACUUUAAAUGUUUUUUGCUAAAAAUUACUGCAAGGUUUUGCGCGUGAAGCGAAUGUUUUUAAUGCCAUCUUGUGACCCUAUUUUGUGUGAAACGGAUUCUGAUUUAUUGUGGUUAUAAGUGAAUGUGUCAGAAACGAAAUGAAUUUUUUUUUGCUUGUCUAGGAAUGGAUAUUGUUGAUUUACUUUGCGUUAUUUAUUUUUGCAUCAGGUGACGUAUUUAAAGUUUAAAGGACACGUAAUGAAGAUCUACUUAUUUUGAGGCUGUGUCGAGUUGUGCUGUUGUCCACGUAUCGGCUCCACUGCGGCUGAACUUAUUAUUUACACAGUGGUACUAGAUAUCCGGGAAGCUGGAUACUAAAGGCGUGGAGAUGAACUUCACGCCCUUCGGCGGCCACUUCGGUGGCUCGCUCCCCACGGCCACGGUGCACCAGUUCGCCACGGCCAAGUUCGCGCACAACGUGGCGGCGGCCGGCGGCCAGGUGCUGGGCGUGCUGAGCGGCGGGGAGGGGGGCGUGCAUUACCUGCGGCCCGUCGACCCCAACGGCUUCACGGUGGCCGCGCACGGCACGGGCGGCGGGCAGCAGCAGACCAUCAUCACCCUGCCCAUCACCAUCGCGGGCAAGCCCGGGGAGGCCGGCCAGCCCCAGCAGACGGUGCAGAUCCAGGUGGUGAACCCCAACGUGUCGCUGGCGGGCGGGGCCAGCCCCACGGGCAACGGCGCGCCCAAGUACCACCUGUCCCCGCUGUCGGUGCACCACUUCCCGCAGGGCAUGCUGACCAUGGCGUACGGCGGGCAGGUGGCGGAGGCGGGCGAGGAGGGGGGCGCGGGCGACGGGGUGGUGCCCAAGGAGGAGCAGUCCUUCCCGGGGGCCGCGGAGGCGGGCGAGCUGGGCAAGGCCACGCAAACGCCCGGCGACGAGGAGCGAGACAAGGCCGACCCCCUGCAGCACGUCGUCAUCAAGGAGGACGACGAGCUCAAGGACGGGGAGGGCGCGGGCGUGCCCGCCGCCUGGCACGGCAUCCCCGCCUCGGGCACCACCGUGGCCGACUACCUGUCGCGCCUGCAGGGCGCCUCGCUGCCCCUCAACCUGCACCACUUCCUCAAGUUCUCCGCGGAGACCAUCAAGCGGGAGGCGGCCAUCGAGUCCUCCCCGCUGUCGGGCUCGGACCUGGUGGAGGCGGCGGUGGGCGUGGAGGAGGAGCGCGAGCCGGCCCCCUCCGGCAAGCAGAAGAAGAAGAAGAAGUACAAGAAGAAGCCGCCGAAGCCUCGCCGGCCGCGGCCCGGCCAGGUGCACAUCGCGACGGCGCUGGACGGCACGACGCUGUACUGCUGCCCCGAGUGCCACAUGGCCUACCCCGAGAAGGAGCUCUUGGAGCAGCACCUGGUGGGCCACAAGAUAGAGAGGCGGUUCAUCUGCGGCAUCUGCGGGGCCGGCCUGAAGCGCAAGGAGCACCUGGAGCGCCACAAGCUGGGGCACAACCCCGACCGGCCCUUCAUCUGCUCCGUGUGCCACAAGGGCUUCAAGCGCAAGGAGCACCUCAACCUGCACUUCGUCAUCCACUCGGGACAGAAGACGGAGGUGUGUACCGAGUGCGGGAAGGGUUUCUAUCGCAAGGACCACCUGCGGAAACAUGCUCGCAGCCACAUAGCCAAGCGUGUCAAGGAGGAACUGCAACAGCAGCAGCAGCAAUUGCAGCAGCAGCAGCAGCAGCAGCAGCAGCAGCAGCAGCAGCAGCAGCAGCAGCAACAGCAGCAGCAGCAACAACAACAGCAGCAACAACAACAGCAGCAGCAGCAGCAGCAGCAGCAACACCAGCAACCUACAACAGUGUCUGUGCCGAUGGUGACUACGGUUGUGCUGCCCACUGCAGCGGAAACUGGGGCGUUGUUACUCCAGCACCAAGGGCAGUAGGUCGCGCGUGGUCAGGACGUAAACCUCGCCAUGAGGAAAUGAUGUGUUUCUUUUGUUCCACUUGCUCUCUCAGUGUGAGGAUACGACGCAGCUGCUCAACACUUUCGAACGUAUACUCUCUACAAUAAUUUUAAAAGUUAAUAAUAAAAUUAUUAUUUUAUACAAAAAUAGAAAUUAAUUUAAUAUAUAAAUAUAUAAUUCAUCCAGCUUUUUAGCAUGCUGUCAUAAAGUAUUUUCCCAUAAUUUAAUACAAAUAUAAUGUAUCUCAGUUUUUUGUUCACCCCUAUUGCCGUCAUGCCAUCUUACAUACUUACGUACAAGGUAACUGCACGUUGAGCAUACGGGAUGAUGUGAUGUGAGUAGUUUAUAAAAUAACUGAUUCCUCCCAAUGGCUCUGUUGCUGUGUGCUUCUUCCACGACCUUCUCUUCGCUGGUGUGUUUCAUCGUGCACAAUAUCUUGCAAAAUCUUAAUUUUUAAAAAAAUGAUUAAAAUUUUUUUUUCUGUACAUUUAUACAUUAAAAUAAAAAAAAAUGAAUUGAUUGAAGAAAAAAAAGUUAAUUAAAUUUUUUUUCUCUGUACAGUGAUACUUUUCAAGAUUAUAAAAUGAAUUGAUUUCAUGAAGUACAAAAAUUAAUUUAUUUGUUAUAAAUUUUUUAUAUCGAACAUUAUAUUUGUAGGCAUGCAGUACAAUUCUGUAAACAAGCUAAGUCGAAAACUUAAGUCAAAAUUGACUUGGGUGAAGCUUUGUAAGCUGUGCUGGGUGUAAAGAAAAUGACAACUGUUUGGUUGCACCUGCGGCACACAUUGCUUCGAGGUUGUGACGACAGUGCCGGAGGUAGUGAUGGUUGGUCUAAUCUUGGCAGCACAGAGUGCCGAUGCAGCUAGGGCCCACAGCUUUAAGUCUUUUACAAAGAAGACCUUUGAGUAGUUACCAUUUGUAACGAGGCUGCUAGCAUCACACACAGGGGUAUUCUGUGUAAAAAGCUGGCCAAAAUUAUAUUUCUUUGUUAGUAUUUAUUUCAUAUUGCUUCAUAAGUAUUUUAGAUGUCAUUUUACUUAUUUUGGUGUGAUAUAAGCUUGUCUUACAACACACAUAAACAAAUUAUUAAAUGGUUAAGUUCAACCACCAGUAAAUAUAGUUCUAGUUAAUUUACCUUACACUACUUAACUAGGAUGCAAGCAGUCUUUCGGAAGCCAUUUAUUUCAUGAAUGCCUAGGCAUUUCGCUAAUCUUUCUUCCUCCUCCUCUUCCAGGUUCUGUGUUGUACUUGUUUCCGCUUGAAUAUGUAUCGUUUGCGUCAUGAGAAGUUCUAAUGCCUCUUCAGAGAACGACUUCUUUUUGCUUCUUACCGAAAGCCGGGAAAACGACAGUAGAGGGUCGAAGUCGGUAACAAUCUAUUCAGUACGUCCUUAUUACAUGUUAAUCUGGAGAACUUUCUUGCAACAUCCAUUCUGUAGUGAUGAAAGUGCUUGUUUCUGGCUUCAGUAGCUUCUUCUGAAAGCUGGCCUAUUGGUAGAAUCGCAUGUUCCAUAAUAGUUGGUCCAUGAGCCAAUAUUUUAUGUAUAGUGGGUGAAAUUGGAUGCCACCCAUAGAGCCUCACACAAAGUUCAGUAGUUUCCCUACAGAAGAUCUCACAUUUAAUAAUCUGUAUGCUAUGACCACUUGCAAGUGUUUCUGAAAUAAUUCUAAUCCUAUCAAUGAGGUCAAAAUCAACUCCAGUUAUUCUUGAAGCUGUCUGUGGAUCGGAGAAGAAUCUGCGCGAAGAGUUACCAAAGCUUAUCUUCUUCGGAAAUCAUUUCUAGAACAUUUUCUAGAUAUUUACACAGUCGUGAAAUAGUGUGGUCUAACAAAUCUUAUAAGUUGGUUUCAGCGCAAGUUUCAGUAAUAUGAAACGAAUCGACUUUCAGAUAGCAUUCGGCUUUAGCUUGUAUUAAUGAAUAACAAGGAUAGAGUUUUUUGUUUGAAUUUGACUUAAGUUGUACUGUCUUCGCGACAGACUGGCUUCCACAAACAUUGAUAGUUUUUGCAUUGUAGUCAAGGGCUGCAUGCUAUUUUUUUUUUGCGCUGUUGCUGGAAGCUCUUUUCGGAGAUUUUGACAUUUAGCAGAUGCAUCAGUUUUGCCAACAGCUCUUAAACUCAUUUGUGCAGCAUAGUGCUGAUAACAAGCGCUUGCGGUGUGCGGAAUGACUCGCUCCCAAUUGGUGCUGCAACGAGGAUAAUGGGUCCAGACUAACAGAUAACUGCCAUUUGUUGUAAUGUAUAUUUCACUUCUUGGAAAUAGUGUUCCUUUUCUCGUCUGUCUGUUAACAUUUGUUAUUUCGACUUUUGGCCAGCUUUUUAAGCAAAAUACCCCCGUGUGCGUCGUGGCAAGCCUUUACAGACAUCAGGUGGCCGCGCCUCCCGUUGCACUGGCCGGCCGCGCUGUGAACGCGAUCUCUCGCACGUCUUCAAGCAGUACUAACUGCCCUCCCUCGUAUCUGAAAUACUUAGGCCCCAGCAUUGCCACAUCAAGUGACUUCCAAGUAAUUUUCUUUUUUAAAAUUUUGGAUGUCAAGUUUUUACACGUAUGUUUUUGACUUUAAUUUUGUUGGUGUAAUUUUGCUGCACUGUCCGUAACUGUGAAUCAUGAGACACUUUUUCAGUUCUGUUUCCUACCUUGCAGAUGUUGGCAUUCUAAAGCAGCAGUUCCCAAUUUUUUUCGCCCAGGGAACCGUAUGAUCAACUUUGAUCACAGCUUGUAUAUUUAUAACAGUAAAAUCCUCUGAAGACAUUUGUGGAGGUUCCCAAAGUAUUAAAGCAUACUAACAAAAAAACAUAUUAAAAAAGGUAAAAUUAAUCCUGUGUUAUUAUUCCAGGUGUAAUUUUACAGCUGAAUUGCAAUGAGGCAGUGUCUUGCAACAGAAGUUUGACUGUGUUUGUGCUAGGAAGCUUAUCCGUAUGUUUGUGCUAGGAAGCUUAUCCGUAUGUUUGUGCUAGAAAGCUUAUCCAUAUGUUUUUGCAAGCAACCCCUAUCAAAAGUUAGUUAUUUUUAAGAAACAUUAUAAACCGUUAUUAAAAACUGAUAAUCAUAUAUAGUCUACUUUUGCAGGUUUUCGUUAACCAUCAUUAGUGUCUUGUGGGUUCUUGUUAAUGCUAAUGUUCACUUCAAAGUUCUCAUUAACUAAUUGGUACUAGAAGUUGUCUUUAGCCAUGUUAAUGAAAAUAUUUGUUUGUAGUAGUUUUGAAAUGCUGAUACAAAUAUUAAUAGUAUGAAAUGGCAGGUUGAAGGGAAAAAAGAAACAUGUUUUAUCAAAAUAAAUGAAAAUUUAUUUAAUUUUUAUUUUACAGUUAAAUUUUGAAUAUAAAUUAUAAUAUGCUUUGAAUUUUUGUGUACAUUGCAAAUUAAAAAUGAAUCUAACUUUCUGCUACCAUUUGUUUUUUAAAUAUUAGGAUAAUGAAAUAAAAUCCAGCAGACUACCUUUUUUGGUGUACCUUGUAAAAAUAAUUUUUAUCCUUGGUCUACUUUGUAGGUUAAAUGACUAGUCUUUGUAAACCUAAAAGUUCUAUAGUCGAGAAAGCAAUGAUGUUGAAAUAGGCCUACCCAUGGUACGUUAGGUUCGGUAGAUACGACCGUUCUGUGGUGAAUAGGCUGCGAACUUUCUUGACUUGUAACAUGCCAAACUCUAAUUCCGAUUGGAGGUCUUGUUUAAUCAAGAUGAUUUACUGUCUGUAAUAGUAACAUUCACUUAGAAAUGUAAAAAUUAAUAAUGAAAAUAGUGCUUGUAGUAUCUAUUCUUUAAUUUUUUCCCAGGGACAUAUUGAAAUUGGGAAUUUUUUUUGAAAUUAAACAGUAAAGUUGGUCAAAAACAAAAUAUUUUGUUAUAAAACAAUAUCAUGUGGCUUUUUAAAAUUUUAAGUAAAAAUAGGGUGCUGCUUCAAAUGAAGUAUUUCUAAAAAUAUUUUGCUGCUAACCUGUCUCCCCCAAGCUCCUUGGUACAUGGACGUAGCGGUGCAUGCGCACGUCUACCGGCUUCAGUUUCAUCCCCUGACCUUAGACAAUUGUGCAAGCAUAAGACAGCACUCCCUCUCUGGUUCUUAUUUGUUGCUCAUCAAUUAUAAAAUAUUUACUACAAAAACUGUGUGUUUUAUUAACUAUACUAAUUUUUUGAAAACAAUGGUAGGAAUUUCAGAAAUAGUCUAUGGGAAACUAUUAUUUAACUAGCUAUCACUCUUUUAUCGCACAUUUCAUUUCCACGUUGUGUUAUUGCAUCUGGUGUCUGUUUUCAAAAUUAAUUUUUUUAAUAUUUAUUUUCUAAGAAAACCUUUCUACUAGUGUAAAAUCUGUUCGCAAACUGCUUAUAAUUUCCUCUAUAUAACAUUAACCUGUAACGUAGUUACUGAUGGUUUAUGAAAAAAGAAAGACUUAAUACGUAAUUAGAGGCAAGAUUAUAUGGUGAAUAGCGAUAAAACGGAAAUAACAGCGAAACAGAAAUCAAUACACAGCCAAACAGCGAAAUGCAAGCCAGUACACCACAGAAGGCCUGUUUUACGUUGACACGGAAUCAGAGUUGGAUGACGUAAACGGAAACAUAGUUGGAUGACGUAAACGGAGACAGAACACCCAGAACAUUUCCCCAUCCUGUCUGCUGCUUCUGCAACGCGUGGAAACGUAACAAAUGACAACCAAUGAGAUUUAAAUUCACAGUUUAAAAAUAUUAAUUAAAUUUAAAAAAAAAUUAAGCCCUGAGAACAUAACAUGAUCAGUAUUUAGUAAAAAAAUAAACCACAAAGUAAUUAAAGAGCAGUAGACAGGCUUGUACUUAAAAAAAAAUUUUGUGUGUUUAAAAUGUAAACAAACAUGGAUACCACCACAGCUAAAUUCUCAGCUUCUUUUGGUUGCUCAAAGUAAGGUAAACGGAAGAGGUCAGCAUUGCUGAGCUAAUCCGUGUGGGUUCGUGUCUGCAUGCGGACCAUUGUAGAUACUCCGUUCCGCGAGUUCCGUCUCUGUUUACGUGAUCCAUCUCCGCAGAACGGGCCUAUCACUGAAAUGCAAGCUAAAUUCACCACAUAACACCGAAAUGCAAGGCAAAAUACAAAAUCAUUUGGUUUUGUCUAUGAAAAUACAGAAUUAAAUUCAUAAAUCUUUAGUUUGGGCUUUUAUUUAAAAUCCUAAAAUAUUAUGUACUGUUUAAAAAAUUUUUUUUGGGACUUUGAAUAAACUUCAACCCCACAAUGAAAUAUUUUUUUCCCACUGCUUAAACAGUUAUGUAGGUUUUGUAGUUCCAUUAACACCAUAUAUUGUUUUGGUAUUAAAGUAAUUUUAUUUAUUUAUAUAUAUAUAUAUCUCUUUUUAUAUAUUUUUUUUUGCAGGAUAAUUUAAAAUAAAAAAUAUAAUAACAAAAUUGUGAAAAUAUUAAACCAUGAAGUCUUGGCUCUAUCCAUUGCUUUUUAAUAUUUAGCUCUGCAGUUUAUAUUCUAUUUAUAACUUCCAUGUGAACUAAGGAACAUUACAGAAGAAUAUUGAAUGUUCUAGUUGCAGUUUUUUGUUUAAAUUACUCUCAUCUAUGUACGUAGUAUUGUUUUAUGAACACAUUGUGUCAUGCCACAAAUUUUUGAAGCAAUUGAUCUGAGUAAUUGUGCUCAAUAUGUACUUUAUACAUAUGUUUGAAUUUUUAAUGAUGAUAUGUUUGAAUUUUUAAUGAUGAUGAAGAUGAAAUCCAGUAUACAUAGCCAAUAAGUAUGCAUGUUACAAAGUUCAGUAGUAACACCGUGUGGUAAAAGGAAAACAUUCUUUUGUAAUGUUGUUAUGUAAUUAUUUUAAAAACAGAUGUAAAAUGAAAUUCUCUGUUCAAUUUAUCCUAACCUUGAUGCGAGGAUUAAGUUACAAGGAUAUUGGUGAGAACCUGUAAAAGUGGCCCUAAAUAUAAGCUAGAUUUAAUUCAGCGAAAGUUAUGUAUAUAUAUGAUAAAAUAACUGAAAUUUGGUUUUAAAAAAUAUUGAUUAUUUAAUCAGAUUGCUAGCCCAAGUUCACUGACCACUGUCCACUAUUAAUUCCACAGGUGAGUUUUGAGUGUUAUCAGAACAGCCAUCACAAGUGUAGGAUGCCAUGGUAUUAACUUCCAUGAACAUUACAAUUCUGUAUUAACUUUCUCACACCUUCCGUUUCAAAACUAAAGGAUAGGCAAAUACCUUUUCUGUAUGAAUGCAAUUUGAAGUUGGUUUGUUUCUGUUAGUGCUGGGCUGAAUCAUAUGGUUAUAAUCGUCAUUUAUGACAUCUGAGAACUUAGCUUUUACUUCUUUGGUAUGAAACUCAUGCAAGGAAUCAUGAAUAAUUUAUUCUGAAUUGUCGGCUUAAUAAGCAGUUUAUUCUCACCUUAUCUGCAAUAGAGAACUUUCUUUACCUACAGGGAACUUCCCACCUAAAGAGAAAUUGAUAUGAUAAAUAAAAAUGAGGAUGAUAAAAAAUAAAAUUGACUGAAAUUUCACUUCUUCCUUUUGUUAACAUAUCACCUGCCAUCUGUAAGGUCAUCUAAAGUGUCUGUAAGUUAUCCUGGUGGUCAGGCACUGGGAGAUAUUCAUUAUGCAGAGCAGUGAAGAGUACAGUGGGCUCGGUCGGGGAGCGUUAUUCACAAUUCCUGCAUUAUUCACAAUCAUAAAGCAAAUUCACAAUUGUGAAAUGACUGUGUCAGAUUGUCCCAUCACUAGUCUGGGCUUGGUAACAUUGCUCGGGAACAGAGCAUCACACAGUGAAUCCCUAGUAAAGUUAAAUUAAAUGUAGUUUUUUUAUUGAUCAAUAACAAAACUGCAUUAAUAUAACUCAGUUUUUUGUUUUACAUAAUGCGUACCCUUGACCAUCAUCAGACCUAUGUUCUUAAGAACAUGCUUACUCGUUCAGAGCUAAUGCUUGUAACACAUGUGAGAAUUGCUGGUGGAAAGUGUUCAGCAAAAUAAACACUGUGAUCCGCUGGUUA